AUGGACAAGAAAGCCAGUCUCGACGAAAAGGAGCACGUCCCCGGCCACAUCAACCCGGAUGACCCAGCGUCCGUCGGGGCAUGGUCUGCGCAUUUCCUCGCCCAGGAUGAGGCAACACGCACGGCCUACGAGAAGAAGCUCCUCCGCAAGGUGGACAUACGACUGAUGCCCAUGCUGGUGACCAUGUACCUGCUCAACUUCCUCGACCGGUCCAACCUCGCGCAGGCGCGGCAGGGGAGUCUCGAGGCGGACCUGGGCAUGACGGGGACGGACUUCAACCUCGCCACGUCCAUCUUCUUUGUGGGCUACCUCCUCAUGCAGCUGCCGUCCAACCUACUCCUGACGCGGAUGAAGCCAUCGCUGUACCUCUCGGCCUCGUGCUGUCUCUGGGGCAUGGUGUCGACCUGCAACGCCGCGACGCACAAGUUUACGCAUCUCGUCGUCGUCCGCUUCUUCCUCGGUUUCGUCGAGGCGCCCUUUUUUCCCGGCGCCGUCUUCCUCAUGAGCUCGUGGUACACCCGCGCCGAGCUCACGAGACGCAUUGCCUGGCUCUACGCCGGCAACGCGCUGGCCAACAUGUUUGGCGGUCUGCUGGGCGCCGCCAUCCUGGGCAAUCUCGAGGGCGACAUGGGUCUCGCUGGCUGGCGCUGGCUGUUUAUCAUCGAGGGUGUCAUUGCCAUGGGGUUUGCCAUCAUUGCGGCUUUUGUCCUGCCCAACUAUCCGCACACCACGACCUGGCUCAACAAGGAGGAGCAGGCGUUUGCUGCGUGGCGCCUGUCGAUGGACAUUAGCGAGGCCGACGCUUACCAGGAUGCCUCUGUCUGGGACGGCGUGAAGCUCGCGGUCAAGGACUACCGCCUCUACAUCUUUGUGCUCUUGCAGCACAUCAGUCUGCUGUCGCAGAGUUUCCAGUACUUCUUCCCCAGUAUCCUCGGCACGCUUGGAUAUGGAAGGAUCGAGACGCUGUGGCUGACGGCGCCUUGCUGGUUUGCGACUUUCCUGAUAUCCGUGUGCGUGACGCUCAGCUCGGCCAAGACAGGGGACCGAUCGCUGCACAUUGCGUGUCUCUCACUGCUCGCUGCUGUGGGAAACGCCGUAGCCGCUGGCUCGACAGUCACCGGCGCGCGCUUCUUCGCCUUAUUUUUGAUGCCCAUGGGUUCAGUCGCAGCUUACCAGAUCCUCGUCUCCUGGGUCGCCAACUCGUUCCCCCGCCCGCUCGUCAAGCGCUCCGCCUGCAUCGCCAUCUGCAACAUGAUCGGCAACACGGCCACCAUCUACGGAUCGUACAUGUACCCAGCCUCGACGGGUCCCCGGUACAUUCCCGGAGGCGCGACCAACGCGGCCGUCUGCGUGCUUGUUUCCCUGCUUGCGCUGACCCUGCGCUUCAUCCACAAACGUGAGAACAAGAAGCUGGAGCAGGCAGAGGCGGAGGCGACGGCGGCUGGGGCGGAAGGUGGUGCAGUGGCUGGUGGUGAGGACAGGCGCAUGGCUGGCUUCCGGUACAUCUACUAG